AUGCUGAACUCCAAGGACAGUAUCGCUCAUAUUGAGGCGGACCCACGGACUGUCGCUCCCAACACCACGGGCGACAUACUGAAGCCUCGACUUGAAGACGUUUUCUCUCAGGACAGGCCCAAACCGCUUAGAUCCAGUUUUCUGCGACUGUAUGCAUGCCUGUUUGUGGCUUACCUCUGUUCCGCUACCAAUGGCUUCGACGCCAACACCUUCGGAGGCCUAUCUGCCACAAAGACCUUCGUUUCGUACUUCGGGAUCACUGCUGAAAAUCAAGGCAUUGUGGCUGCGCUUUACGUCGUUGGUAACGUCGCCGGGUGCCUCUUCGCCGGGCCUUGCGCAGACCGUUAUGGCCGCCGCUUCGGGAUGACCGUGGGGUCCCUCAUUUGUGUCGUCGGGGCCGUGAUGCAAACCACAGCGCGGAACCUCAGUACCCUCAUGGGCGGCCGAUUCAUCUUGGGGCUUGGCGCUGCGGUCGUCCAAACCGCUGGACCCGCCUACGUCGUUGAAAUGGCCUAUCCCAAGUACCGCGGAGUGCUCACUGGAGCAUAUCAAACUUGCUUCUUCCUCGGAACCAUCGUCUCCACCUGGCUGGAGUAUGGACUCAACUUCGUGGAGAGUCAACCCCAGUGGACGUGGCGUCUCCCCCUGGCAGUGCAAGCUUUGCCUUCAGUGUUGGUGUUGAUGUUCGUAUGGUUCAUACCCGAAACGCCCCGAUGGCACAUUGCUCAUAGCAAUAUCGAAGAAGCGAGGAAUGUCCUUAUCAAGUACCAUGGCGAUGGCGACCCCAACUCCCCCAUCGUGGCCCUAGAGCUCGAGGAGAUGCUCGAAGUGAUAUCUGCUGAGGGGUCUGAUAGGCGCUGGUGGGACUUCCGACGCCUCUUCGACUCGCGCUCUGCCCGAUACCGCACCUUCCUCAUUAGCUGCAUGGCGUUCUUCGGGCAAUGGGACCUUCCACCUACGAGCUAUUAUUUCCCUCUUAUGGCCCAGACAGCGGGGAUCACUAGCGAACGCACGCAGCUCCUUCUCAACGCUCUGCAAACACCCAUCAUGAUGGCCGCCGCGCUGUUUGGCCUUCGCUGGGUGGACCGCCUCGGACGCCGCAAGCUUCUCAUCGGAUCGAGCACCGGCAUGGCCCUCUCCGUGGCCGUGAUCACCGCCUGCACCGCGCAGCAAGCAGGACGACCCGUUGUCGGCGGGGCAGGGAUCGCCUUCGUCUACGUCUUCCUCGUCGUCUUCGCGUUCGCGUGGACACCUGCGCAGUCGCUCUACCCGACCGAGGUCCUCGCAUUCAACACGCGCGCCAAGGGCCUCGCGUUCAUGAACCUGCUUGUCAACGUUGCGAACGUAUUCAACACAUACGUCCCGCCCGUCGCGAUCGCGCGUGCGAGCUGGCGGUUCUACAUCUUCUAUGUCUUAUGGGACGCGCUGGGGGCGAUCGUGAUAUACCUGACAUUUGUAGAGACGAAGGGCCGAAAUCUAGAGGAGAUCGACGAGAUAUUUGAGGCCGAAAACCCAAAGGAAGCAAGCCUGCGGCGACGGAAGUUCCAGUACUUGUAUGCUAUGGUGCAAGAGUUCGAUUUAGACUAA